CCUACACUGCGCAUUUAGCUGAAUCAGUUCCAACAAAAAUAAUCAAACUUUCGUUCCAUAACUUCAUCAUCUAGUACGUGUGACGCUUACUUCCUGAUCGUACCACUACACCUUCAUACAGCUCAGAUUUGUAAAGGUGAACCCUCCCCAGCAACUCCUUCAGGUGAGUCCAACAGAGUAACCGAGGAACAAAACUACCCUGCUGUAAUCGGCCACGUGGACCUGAAAGGAGUCCGCAGACUUCCUGGUUCAUAUCCUGAAUGAGCAUCCACUGCUGACAGAACCUAAGGAAGGACCACGGUGGAGAGAGAGAGAGGCGACAGGAGAAGGAAAGGGAAAGUUUAGAUGCAUAAGACGGUAGAGUUGGACUGGUACAGCAUUAAAACUACAAAAAGAAGAGGGGUUCUAGCUAAUAGAAAGUGAAACGGAGAAAAACAGAGGAGGGGAGGACGUCCAUACCCUUGAACAUCAUUUAGUAGUUAUUCGACUAUUUUAGUUAUAUACUGAAAAAAAAUAUGCGAUUAAAAUUGGGAUUUCUUUUGCGCAGUUUGCUGAUUGUGGGGACGUUUCUUGGUUUGGUUCUGCUAUGGGCUUCUCUGUCUCCUAAAACUGACGAUAGCCCCUUUGGAAGAGCAGUGGAAGGAAGAGAUGCCAAUGCCCCUUUGCCAAAUGUCCAAGACAAAGAACCUGUAGCUGGUAAUGAUAGAUUCAAACCUGUAGUCCCCUGGCCUCGUGUUGAAGGAAAAGAAGUGGAUUUGGAAUCUAUUCGGCGGAAAAACAAUGUUGAAGAUAUCCAGCUACAUCAACAAAAGAAAGAAAAUCAUCAGAACAUAAUGGAGAAGCAGUACAUAACUUUCAAGCCCCAAACACAUAUCUAUAGUGACCCAGUACUAAAAUCUGGAGUCAUUGGCAAUUUUGAAGCUAAAGAACCUGAACCUGAAGGAGUCAUAGGUGGUCCUGGGGAAGGAGCACAUCCCUUUGUACUUGGCCCAGAGUAUAAGGAAUCUGUUCAAGGCAGUAUCAGAGAAUUUGGUUUCAACAUGGUGGCCAGCGAUAUGAUCUCACUGGACCGAACUAUCAGUGAUUUACGCCAUGAAGAGUGUAAAUAUUGGCAUUAUGAUGAAAACCUUCUUACUACCAGCGUUGUCAUCGUCUUCCAUAAUGAAGGCUGGUCCACCCUUAUGAGGACAGUUCACAGUGUUAUCAAAAGGACACCCAGAAGAUAUUUGGCAGAAAUAGUAAUGAUUGAUGACUUCAGUAAUAAAGUGCACCUUAAAGAAAGACUAGAUGAAUAUAUCAAGCAAUGGAAUGGUCUUGUAAAGGUAUUUCGGAAUGAAAGGAGGGAAGGAUUAAUUCAGGCAAGAAGCAUUGGUGCCCAAAAAGCUAAACUGGGGCAGGUUUUGAUUUACUUGGAUGCUCAUUGUGAGGUAGGACCCAACUGGUAUGCACCACUUGUGGCCCCAAUAUCAAAGGAUAGAACUACAUGCACAGUUCCUUUAAUAGAUUACAUAGAUGGCAAUGAUUAUUCCAUUGAGCCACAGCAAGGUGGUGAUGAAGAUGGGUUUGCCAGAGGGGCCUGGGAUUGGAGCUUGAUGUGGAAACGUGUGCCAUUAAGCAACAAGGAAAAGGCCAAAAGACAGCAUAAGACUGAGCCCUAUUGGUCACCUGCUAUGGCUGGUGGAUUGUUUGCAAUUGAAAGAGAUUUCUUUUUCGAACUAGGACUGUAUGAUCCAGGCCUUCAAAUCUGGGGAGGUGAAAAUUUUGAGAUUUCUUUUAAGAUAUGGCAGUGUGGUGGAAAACUGCUCUUUGUCCCUUGUUCCCGUGUUGGACAUAUUUACCGUCUCCAUGGAUGGCAAGGAAACCCACCCCCAGCUCAUGUUGGAUCAUCACCAACACUCAAGAAUUAUGUCCGUGUUGUGGAAGUUUGGUGGGAUGAGUACAAAGACUACUUCUAUGCAAGUCGUCCAGAGACAAAAGCACUAGCCUAUGGAGAUAUAUCUGCACUGAAGAAAUUCCGUGAAGACCACAGAUGUAAAAGUUUUACGUGGUUUAUGGAAGAAAUAGCUUAUGAUAUAAUAAAACAUUAUCCAUUGCCAUCCAAAAAUGUAGAAUGGGGAGAGAUAAGAGGUUAUGAAACUGAUUUCUGCAUUGACAGCAUGGGUCAUACAAAUGGUGGAACAGCUGAACUAGGACAUUGCCACAGAAUGGGAGGAAACCAGCUUUUUAGAAUCAAUGAAGCUAAUCAACUUAUGCAGUAUGACCAGUGCCUAACAAGAGCUGCUGAUGGUUGGAAAGUCAUGAUCACACACUGCAAUUUGAAUGAAUAUAAAGAGUGGCAGUAUUUUAAGACUCUCUACAGAUUUACCCACAUUUCAUCAGGCAAAUGUCUGGACCGCUCAGAGAUCCUUCAUCAGGUUUUCCUUUCAGACUGUGAUUCAACAAAAUCCACACAAAAAUGGGAAAUGAACAAUAUUUUGUCUGUAUAGAAACUACAUAUUUACAUGUUGCUAUGUACGAGACUUGAAAAUAACCUGUCAUGUGCUACCGAUGUUGAUCUUGUACAGUGUACCGGUUGUAAAUAUUUUGUCAGGCUUGGAUGAAGGAUGUAGUUAGAAUUCAAUGAACAAUUUCAUCUUUCUUCUGUGAAUGUUUACAAUAUUUUAAUUGUGGACAUUUUAGAUGUUUACAUCUUUUAUUAUAUGUUCUACUCCAAACGAGAUCUACUGUGCUUUUCAACAGCAGGUUGCUGCUUCUGCCUCCAACCUGUGAAGUGUGAUGGUGCUUAUCUUCUCCCAGAUUGUUUGCAUUGCAUUUUUGUAUUCAACGUUGUCUGCUCCAUGAGUUCAUGAGAAUUUGACAGCAUGGAAGUAGUUUCUUAAACAGAUCCACUUCACUGCUUGUAAAAAAGGGAAAUAUGAGUACAUCCAGCAGAUUAAACUAGAUACAUUCCUGUAUUACAUUUUAUCAUGACUUAGAUGCGCAAAUCAAGUCUGUGUGGAGAGAGGAAGGGGGGCACAGCUGCAGAAGUGGGUCUGUUAAGGCACUUAGCUUUGGACACCAUAAAACUGACAGCGUUAAAGAUGGAACAUGCAUAGCAGGGGCAGUUUUGGAGUAGGAAAGCUUUUUAACACAUCAUAAGUGGGCAGACGUUAUGAAGUAAGAACCUGCUGUGUCAUUUUAUGUAAUGCACAGCUAUUUUAUUUCUGUGUGAAAUAACACUCAGGGGAUUGAAGGCAUGCGACUUUUAACUGUUCACUUGAAUGGGUUUAAUCUGGGAGUCUCUGCUUCAAAUCAAUAUUUGCCGUAAACAGUUUGAAACAAUGGGUUGUAUUAAUUUGUUUGCCACUAUGUGAAUUUUUGUAUUUAAUAUGACUGUUUUUUGUUUAUUGUGUAUAUUGGGCUCACUGGUGUUGGGUGGGUCCAUAUGUUGUUUGUUCUGGUCAUGAAGUUAUGCUGAUGAAUAACUGCUGGAGAAAUGUGCCAUAGACAUGUCUCCUACUUUUGUAAUGUAUGAAAGAUUCAUAGAAUUUCUGCAGUUCUUGAUGCUAGAUAAGCACAGUUUUAGUAUCCGUUAUCUAAAAUGUUUGUCAAAAGUUACAUUUUUUCAUGAAUGUCACUUUCCCUUUCCUAGAUUUUUGUUUUAUCCCACAUUGCCAGAGGUGUACCCAUUGAAAAUUGUCUUUACUUGAUUUUUAUUUUUCUAAACCUACCUCCGUUUCCAAUUGGCAACUCUUAAGGGAGAAUGAUGGAAAUGAUGCAAAUAAGCAAUACAGUAAAUGUAAAACAAGUAACAGAGUAAAAGCAGUGUCACUGAAUCAGAUUGUACCAGUAGUCUAGGAUGUUACAGAACUAAAGAAUGUCUUGCAAACUGUGAAUCUUUACUAUAUACUGGUACAGUUUUUUUUUUUUGGGGGGGGGUUUGGUUUAUUAUACCAAUUCAAAACUGUGCAUAUUGCAAAAUACCUGGUCAACAGCAAAAAGAGAAAAAUAUAAGCAUGCUAUUUAUUUCUCUCCCUUUCUCUGUGCUGAGAUGCCAAGACUGUUGGUGUUUUUUUGUUUUGUUUUUUUUUUGGGGGGGGGGGCAGGGCAGAGGAAAUUCAGAUCAUAGUCUUCAUACAAAUGUAUGUUUUACCUUUCAUACAGUGACACUAAGUACUGAUGCAUACCUUGGUAGCAUGCUCUUCGGGCACCAGAAAUGUAGGACCCAGCUCAGAUUUACUUGUAGAUAGGUGAGGCAUAUUUUGGGUAGUACCUGGUAUCACUGGUAAUGUUGAUUCUGUAAGGUUAUAUCUACCCUUACCAGACUGACAUUUACUUAAGCUUAAGCUGUCUUUGAAAAUCUACAUGCAGAUUUUUACCUUAUUUAUUUACUUUUAGUCCAAAGAAAGAAAGGUCUACACCAUCUGUCAGCCCUUUAAAAAUACUAUAGCUAUAGUGUGACUAAAUGCAAAGCAGUGUAAAUGCAUACUGAUCACAGACUAGCAGUGAACUGACAGAAGUAAACCAAAGCCAUUGUUUCUUUGAAGCCUGGAGAAUAACUGAGAAAUAAAUACCUCACCUUUAGUAUUUUAAAUUUUAUAGAAGUCAUUUCAGUGGCAUAGAUUCCUUUCACUUAAUCCGAGAUUUGUGAUAUGAGCAUCAUGAAGUGAUACUUAAAAAAUUGUGAGCAUAGCAUGAAUAUGGUAUAAAAUGAUAACAUUGUGUCUUCUCUUUAUUUAUUGGUGAGGUAUUCUGAGUGAGUCUGAAAUUUUGUAUUUAUACAUUAGGAGCCCAACUUAGUAGAAUACAUAGUGACAGCACCUCACCACUUGUAUAGUUGUGAUGUACAACACUGUAGAUGGAGAACACAAAAUGGUGCCUGCCAGCUGUCUCUUAUUUUUGGUAACUUAUGAUGCAGAACUGUUUGCAAAUCAUCAACAAGAAAUGCAGUUAUUAAAACAUCAUUUCAUCCAUUUCAACAGAUAUCUUUCUUCAUUUGGGACAGAAUUUGAAUUACAAGAUUAGUAUAGCAAAUGUAUGAUGAUGGUACAGGUAGCACAUCCCAAACUGUUGAUAGCAGACAAGUCCUACAGACUGUUGCCAAGACAGCAUGCGUCAGCCAUGCACAAUGUAUGCAUGUUGAAAAAAAAGGGUGGUAGUGUUGACCUGCAGAUUCCGUUUGCAUGGCUUGUGAUAACUAAGCAGUGUGUGAUAAUUUGUAUGGCAUGUGCUUGCUUAACAGUUAAUGGAACAUAUGGGCCAAUGAGGGAAAACUGCUGCUGACCUAACACUGAGAGAGAAAUGCUACAUUCCCCUCACAGUCUUUACAGCCCUCAAGAAUUUUUUUCAGUUCCUACAAAUUCCUUACAAUGUAGUCAGGCUACCCAAACUUAGAAAUGAGGAUGAGAUGUGCAUGUCACUGGCAGGUAUUCAUUCUGCCUGCUGAUGCCCAGUCCUUGAAAUAAAGAAUACUGUUCUUCUAAAAUGCAUUAACCCAUUUGUCACUAUAAUGAAGGCAUUCCUUGUUCCACACUGCACACACCCAACCACUGGAUCUUUUACUACCUAGUCAUACUCAUUCCCUAACAGUAUGGCCCAAAUUUUCAGUCUUUAGCAUGUGGGACUCAGCUUCGUGAAAUGACAUUCCAUUCCAAAAGGUUAACACAGUGACCACAGAAUUCUGCACUAGAAGCGAAUUGAACACCGUUAUAGUUUGAACUGGGAGGCUUAAGCUGAGUGUUCUGUAAAACUGGCCACAAAAUUGACAGUUAUCAGCAUUCUGAGCAUUUGUUCAGUCCAGUGAACAAUUUAUUAUGAUCCAAUAUGUUUUAAGUGUGUUGACUUGUAACAUAAAAGAGCCAAUAAUCACAGCAUAAGCAUGACAUAUUUUAAUUUUCAGCAUCUCCCUUCUUUUCUAAAGUUUAUUCUGUUUUUAUCUCAUCUUCAAUCCUUUCUGUAUUCAUAGUGAUUUUUUUUUCUGAAGCCUACAGAGAAUCAUGCACAGCUACUUUGAAGUCCCUGUGAGUGAACAGCACAAUGACAAGCGCAGUCCAAUGGGCAGGGGUUGGGCUGUCAGGGUAGUUUUGUAACCAACUCAGUAAUAUACAUGCUAACACUUUUUAUAAUUAUGAUCCAUUUUAUUUUUAUAUUGCAAAAAUAAUGCACUUCAUUCUUUGUGAAUAACCAGCUUUUCAGCAGUACAUACACACCACCAUUGCUUUUAACAACAUACAGUCAUAGCUACAGUUGGGCUAUUACAGGCAUUUCUUUUCACAAUAAGUAAUUGAAAAGUACUAGUGUAUACUUAUCCAUACAGAAGGGUCUUUGAUGCUAAAAUGGCAGAAUUUGAUGUUAUGAAUCACCUUUACAUGAGAACACUAGGUUUAGAUGGAUUGCACUGGCUAAAAAGAUGUACAUAUGUUUCCACAAAGGACCCCGCUGAUAGGAAGGAGAAUUUGUGGAAGAACUUACUAGCCAUUGAUGGUUUUGCAGCACAUUUGGGUGAGACUGCCAGUGAAUUAUCUAAAUGAAGAUUGGGCAACAGUCACAGAUUACAAUGCAUUGCAGGAUCAGUGUUGUUUCUAGAAAAAUAAAGUCACCAUAGUUCAGUUCUUGUAGGAAGUGGUUAGUGGAAAACAUUGUACUGUAAGUGAAGGGUUAGGUCAUUUGGUGCUAUAUUGCUGAAGAAAGACAAACUACUUCUGGAAGUAGUUAUCAGUCUGGUGUUGUCAAGUAGGCCCUUAAUAUAAAAAGAAAAGGCCUUUUAAUUUACUUAACCUUGUUACACUUAUUAAGCUUGGUUCCAAGCAUAGCCACCAAUGCCAAAUUCAGUUCCAGCUUGAUCUUCUGGUACAUAUCUCUGCAAAAAGAGGGGGGAGGGAGCAAAAUUUCUUAGGUUAGGCUUAACAUCGGUCAGUUCACAAAGAUCCAGUUAAUAAUGUGUUUAAUACUUCUCCCGGUACUGUUUAAACCAUUUGUUAGUUUGUUCUUAAAAUGACACAGUACCUGUUUUUUUUGUUGGACUUCAGCUACACUCAUACAGCUAACACUGAUAAAUGCUUUUUUUGUAUAUUUGUUUUGCUACUGUUUUAGUAAUUUUAGUUGCCCUGCCACAUUUAUGAUUCAGAAAAUAUUUGUCAGUUAAACAAAAAUGGUCAUCAAUACAAAUUUUAAAUAGAAAACAAUUUAACCUACACCUUAACCCAUGACCUAGAAUAUAAAAAAGCAGUUAGCCUCCAAUGAAGCAAUUCAUAUUUGAUAUUUUCAAAUGUUCAGGUAACUUAGGCUCCCCUCAGCUCUUACCAGCUUAGUGCCACUCAGUAUGAAAGUUCAUGGUGUAGGUUUUAAUCAAAGUGUUACUUUUGUGCUACAACUGCUUUGUCACUUCUAUUUUUGUUGUCCAAUUUUUUUACCUUUUAGCUGUCCUUUAUAUCUGAAAUGAAUGAUUUUUGCUCAGAAUUCUGCUCUUUUCCUCAUAAAAUUUGUGAUUUUUGGCAAAGCUAAUAGUCCCCACAUUCUGACAGACGUUACUCUUUUGGGCUUAUUGUGAAGAAAAUGUGUACAGAUGUAAACCCUCUUAUUCUGUUAAUUGUAUAAGUGAUUAUGGAUAAUAUUUUAAAGUGUCACUGGUUUUGAGCCUUUGUCAUUGAUUGUGUUUUAGCUUUAUCCCCAAGUCUUGAAGUUAGUUUGAAUGCUGUUUCUAUUUGCCUGUAGAGAUGUUUGAGUUGCAGUUGUGAGCCAAAUGGCUGCUCUGCAGUGUUGCUAGUUUCUGUAUUGGCAUAAGAGACAUCUUUUAAUUUAGUUGCCUCAUAAUUUGCGUAUUUUGUUUUUAGCUUGUAUGUUUUAAUAACAUCUAAGUGUCACUGUCUGUACUGCAGUGUUUUUAGCAGCAAGCAUGAAGUUUCUGUCAGCCUACCCUUGUAUAUGUGCAGGAGUUAUUGGAUAUAUCCUUGAGGUUCGAGUUAUUUCUGGCAGACAUUUACUAAAUAAAAUAUUUUGUGGACUUGCUUUCUGAAGAAAGGGUGUCCUUGCUGCCAUAACUCUCAACCUCUUCCCACAAGGAAUCUGGACAAAGCCUAAAAUAAUGGAGGGAAAAUGACUCAAAAUAGGAACAGAUUUUAAAUAUUGUUCUUAUAAACUUAGAAAGUCGCCGGAAUAGUACAAUGUGCGUUAGCAUACAUAUUCUGAAAUAUAUGAAGUCUGAAACUCAAAAAGUAUGUCAUUAUUUAGUGACUUCAAUUCUCAGUGAUUUGCCAGAAAAACACAACUUUUAUGAGGAAUAGACCAAAAAUAUGAGGCAAAAAUCUGGACAUUCUAUGAAAAUCUGAACAGUUGAAAAGUAUACCUGCUGCUCAGAUAAUCCCAAGUUCUGGAAAGAAUGUAGUUUGCUUUGUUAAUAAAUACUUAGCUUGAGUCUCAGUAUUGUUGUUGUAGUAUAUCUAAAUUUAGUAAGGAAGACUGACGUAUUUUCUCUGCUGUGCCUUAAGACUGCCAUUGAAGCCAUUAAAGGGGUUGCCUGGAGCAAAACAGAUUCUGGUAUGAAAGUUACCCCAUCUUCCAUUCAAGUAAUUUAACAGAGUCCAAUUAUUUGAAAGUGCUAUCCCCUAGUAAGAUACAAUAAUAUAUUUGAGCCAAAAGAAUUGACUGCUUAUUCCAAACGUGCAGAUCCACAAAAAUGUUAUAUUAGGGGAUGCACAUUCCUCAAGUAUGUUGCAUUUAACUGGUGAAGCUCUGAUCACAUAUUAAUAAAUAUAAAAGCUUAGCUGUAUAAAGGUUUCUGGGAUGUUUUGCAGAAAUAGAAUUGAGUGAUGGCUGUUGCAUGGACUGACGCAGGUGCACAUCAUAGACUAAUAUGUACUCUCUACUGCGAAAUUUGCCCAGAAACACCAAUUGCAAAAUGUGAAUGAGUGUUCCUGUCUCUAUUGUCUGACUCCGUGUUGACCCAGUUUAUAUAUUGCUUUCUAAGGUGAAUCAUUUUUCACUGGUUAGCAGGUGGUUGAAUUUAGCUUUAUUAGCAUUAAGAUAUUAUUAUAGCAGGGUUGAUGUGUCUUUGAAAAUUGCCAGCGGGGUUACGCCAUGUAACUGGUGAAGCAGCUUAUAAAUGUUUGUCAAGGGAAGUUGUAUGACUUGACAGGUUUAAUGGCAGCUUUUCCAAAGGGGAGGGAGCAGAUCUUCUGUGUGAUGGCAAAGACGAAAUUCUAAUAAAUACACAGAUACGGUGCUGUGGAAUAUAAUGAAAGUGCAGACAGAAAGAUUGUGAUCAGCAGGUAGUUAAGCAGAUAUAUUUCUUACCCAAAGGACAUACUAGGUGAUAGUUGUAAAGAAUUUUCACUAACAUUUUCCUUUAAAAAUGCACAUAGCUAACUGCAUUUCUUACAAAACUUGUAAUCAGUAGUAGCAGCAAGGGUUAAUGUGCUGUUUUACAAAUACAAGCAACAUGAUAUCACAAUGGAUGCUCAUGCAGAAGAGUCACAGGCAUCCUGCUGACAGUAUUAUCCAAGUCUGAGUGACAAAGUCAUUGACAUUUUUUCUAGCCAUGAUGAUCCUUGUUGAAUAUUUUCCUUAGUUGUGCAUUGGUAGUGAAAAUCAUUGCCUCCUAAUAAGAGAGUGAACACACUUUGGUUAGGUAUCUAGACCGGUGUAACUUGGCUGGACUGCAGAACAGCAUCAAUAAAUACAUUAGGCAUGGAAACAGAGCUAUAUAAAUUUCAGUUAUUCGGCUUACCGUAUGGUUAGUAAACUUUAUCUUUAUACUGAAUAUAAUGUAUUGCUGCAGUCAGCAGAUCUGGUGGGGUUUAGGUUACCUGUGCGCAGAAGUGCACUAAAGACAUGGAAGCAGUAUCGAGUGCAUAUAAUUAUUCUGUGUAGCUAUUGCCUAACAGAUAAGGGUUGGGCACAUAGUUGGCAGAAAUGGAUGCUGAUAUUUGCAUUCAUGGUUGAAGCACUUCCUAUCUGGUAUUGUAAUUUUAGCAAGGUUUUUGCUACAUUUGUAACAGUGGUUUGUUAUACUUCCAGUCAGAAAAACUUUUUUUUUUUUUUUUUUUGUUCCUCAGCUUAGAGAAAAACUUUUUUGUCAU